AAGAGCUUUAGCGCUGGUGUGCGUGUGGUCGAUAUGCCUGGUGACCCAAGUGAGUUGUGUUCUGGAUCCACCCCCCAUUUUUAAGCGGUAACCCUUCCCCACCCAGGCAACACCUUCCCCCCUCCCCCCAAAUUCAGAUUCGCAUUAACGACGGUUUCCAGCAAACAAAAAAAAUAUAAAAAGGGGCCUUCAUUUUACGGCUCUUUCCUUUUUCUUCUUUCUUCUUCCUUGCGUGUUUAUGCCCUGUUUUUCUGUUUUCUUCUUCUUCUUUACCUUCUUCUUGUUGUAGACGAUCCAAACUUCGUCACAUAACCUAUUUCCACAUAUCUUCUCUACUACACCACCAACCCACUGUACCAAUACGACCUACUACUAUGAACAGCACAAGUCUGCCGGCCGGAACAAUGAUCCACGACAGCCUCGAGAUCGUCGAAACACUCGGCCUCGGGGCAUACGGACGUGUCUAUCUCGGACGUGACAUUCGCAGUAAGCAGCAGUAUGCCAUUAAAACCCUCGCGCAAGAGGGCUUGGACAGCCGCCAGAGAGCGUUGCAGCGCUGUGAGAUGACACUUCACGCCAAACUCUCACACUCAAACAUCAUCCGACUUGAACGGAUUGUCAAACAAAAACAGUUUGUGCAUGUCGUGCUUGAGCACAGCCCCGAGGGAGAUCUGUUUACUGCCAUCACGGAUCACAACAUGUACUAUGGCCGCCACGACCGCAUCAGACGCGUGUUCUUGCAACUGAUCAAUGCCUUGAGGUACUGUCAUGAACGCCACGUUUAUCACCGGGACCUGAAGCCUGAAAACAUUCUGGUGUUUGAUCAAGGACAGACACUCAAGCUUGCAGACUUUGGCCUUGCUACUUCAGAGUCGAUUGCCACCGACUAUGGCUGUGGAAGCACAUUUUACUUUUCACCAGAAUGUCAAGGUGACGAUCUCGCAAAUCGGACUGGCUAUGCUACUGCACCAAACGACGUUUGGGCACUCGGCGUAGUCUUAAUCAACCUAGCCGCUCGCAGGAAUCCUUGGCGACAGGCCUGUCUCGACGACGAGACCUUCCGGGCCUAUCUGGCAGACCGCAACUAUCUAUUAAAGAUUCUGCCCAUCUCGCAGGAGCUCAACUGCAUUCUUAAAAGGAUCUUUUGCAUCGACCCUAAGCGACGCAUCAGUCUGGAUGAGCUCGAAGCAAGCAUCCGUGGAUGCAAGUAUUUCACACGCACGUCCGAAGUCGAGCGCUAUGAGAAUGAUGUCGCAAAGACAGCAUCAGCAGCAAAUAAUGCUACCAACACCAUGACCAAGCUUCAAGACAUUUUCCCACCAUCGCCACCAACCACGCCACGCACCGACCGGAAUCUAAACUGCCUUAAUGCAAACAACAUCAGUUCUUUUUUCUUUGCAUUGGUUGCCUAA